AAUCAAUCCCUUAUAUAUAUGUCUUAAGACAAUAUGAAAGUAAUCCACUAUUCAACUCUGCAAAGAUCGAUCCAUUUCUCGUUAAAAUGGUAAGACUCUUUGCCUAUAUAUAUUUACUAACAUUAGACCUGAUUUAAAAAAUAAUCCUCUUUUUGUACAUAUGUAUGUAGGAUCGGGUUUUUAUCGUACUCGUUGCAAUUUUAGGACUUCCCGGGUUAAGCUAUGGUGAAUCGGUGAUGAAAUAUGGAGCGGUCGGGGAUGGAAUUGCCGAUGAUACAUCUGUAAGUUAUUGGUGUGUAUAUAUAUCAUUUACAAGCAGCUUAAUUAUUUAGUCAUCAUAUAAAAUUUUAACUUUUGGUAAACAUUGUUGGACAUGAUCAUUUGUGGACAAAAAACAAGGCGUUCCAAAAGGCGUGGGAGGAUGCAUGUAAGGGAAGCUCCAAAAUGGGAAGUGUAAAUGUACCAGCAGGGAAGGUGUUCCUCCUCAACUCCCUUCACUUCACGGGUCCUUGCAUACCCAAACCUCUCCUUUUCAUUAUCGAUGGAGAGAUGAUAGCGCAGAGUGAUCCAAAGAAGUGGGAAAAUGGUGAGAACGGGGUAAUACCAUGGCUCAUAUUCGAUCAAGUGGAUGGACUUGCAAUCGUAGGGCGCGGCUUGUUGGACGGCCAAGGCAAAUCAUGGUGGGAUAUUCAUUGUAGAGACCAUGCCGGACCCAUGAUGACAUUUAGCAACUGCGGAAAUGUAACAUUAAAGAGUUUGAGAUUCAGAAAUAGUGCACAAACACAUGUUCUUGUGAUGGGAAGCCAAAAUGUGUAUAUAAAUGAUAUCAAAGUAACCUCACCGGAGGCUAGCCCUAACACCGACGGUAUUCACAUCACAUCUUCCACCGUCGUUUCUAUCAAUCACUCUGACAUCGCCACUGGUGAUGAUUGUGUGUCUAUCGGAGAUCAAGUGAAUAAUUUGAAUGUUACUUUUAUGAAUUGCGGACCUGGUCACGGUGUGAGCAUUGGGAGUUUAGGCAGAGGAGGAACAGAGGUAGCAGUGGAAAACAUACGUGUGUGGCACGUUAACUUUACGGGAACAACAAACGGAGCUCGAAUCAAGACGUGGCCUGGAGGAACUGGUUAUGUCCGAGGAAUCGAGUUCUUCGACAUCCAUUUCUCGUCUGUACAAAACCCCAUCAUCAUUGAUCAGUUCUACGGUUGUGCCCCUAAAUGCGUUGAGACUAGAAAGGGAGUCCACAUAGAGAAAGUGAGAUACAUGAAGAUGAGUGGAACAUCGGCGACAAAGGUGGCUAUGAAGCUCGAGUGUUCAGGGGAGAGUGUCCCAUGUUCCAACCUUUUGAUGAGAGACAUUGACUUAUCUCCAGCCGAUGGCAUUGGUUCUGUCUCCUCUCUCUGCUCUUUUGUUCACGGCUCCGCACAAGGCCUCAUCCGACCUUCCUCCUGUCUCUAACUAUUUUAGGGGGACAUUUGUUUCAAGUAUUGGGGGUGUAAAU